CGUUCUACAGUCACUGGCACCAGCUGAAAUGGCGGAGCAAGAAAAUCAACCGGACAGAAAAAGAUUCUGCUGUACGAUCUGUCUGGAUCUACUGAAGGAUCCGGUCACUACUGGCUGUGGUCACAGCUACUGCAUGAACUGUAUAAAAUCCCAUUGGGACAAUGAGGUAAGAGGAAGCUACAGCUGCCCUCAGUGUAGACAGACAUUCACACCGAGGCCUGUCCUGGUGAAAAACACCAUGUUAGCUGAUUCACUGGAGGAGCUGCAGAAGGCUGGACUCCAAGCUGCUCCUGCUGAACACUGCUAUGCUGGACCUGGAGAUGUGGCCUGUGAUGUCUGCACUGGGAGAAAACUGAAAGCUCUCAAGUCCUGUUUGGUUUGUUUGGCCUCUUAUUGUGAGAAACACCUCCAGCGUCAUCUUCAGUCAGCUCCAUUGAAGAAGCACAAGCUGGUGGAGCCCUCGGAGAAGCUCCAGGAAAACAUAUGCUCUCGUCACGAUGAGGUGAUGAAGAUGUUCUGCCGCACUGAUCAGCAGUGUAUCUGUUAUCUCUGCUCUUUGGAGGAACAUAAAGACCACGACACAGUGUCAGCUGCAGAAGAAAGGAUAGAGAGGCAGAGAGAGCUCGGGCUGAGGAGACAAUCGAUCCAAGAGAGAGUCCAGCACACAGAGAAAUAUGUGAAUCUGCUUCAACAGAAGGAGAAGGCCGUCAAUGUCUCUGCUGAUAAAGCAGUGGUGGAUAGUGAGAAGAUUUUCACUGAGCUGAUCCAUCUGCUGGAGACAAGAAGCUCUGAUGUGAAGCAGCAGAUCAGAUCCCAGCAGGAAACUGAAGUGAGUCGAGUCAGAGAGCUUCAGGAGAGACUGAAGCAGAUCACUGAGCUGAAGAGGAAAGACCAUGAACUGAAGCAGCUCUCAGACACAAAGGAUCACAACCAGUUUCUACGCAACUACCCCUCGCUGUCGCCACUCAGUGAAUCUACACACUCACCCAGCAUCAGGAUCCUUCCAUUGAAGAACUUUGAGGACGUGACAGCAGCUGUGUCACAGGUCAGAGGUCGACUGCAGGACAUUCUGAGUGAGACAGAGACAGAGAUUUUACAGAUUUUGUCUCUAGUGGAUGUUUUAAUGCCACAACCAGGGCCAGAGACCAGAGCUGACUUCUUAAAAUAUUCGCAGGAAAUCAUACUGGAUCCAAACACAGCAAACAGAUAUCUCUUAUUAUCUGAGGGAAACAGAAAAGUAACACAUAUUAUUCUUAUCACCGAGACAGAUUCACUGGUCUAUCCAAUUGAGCGAAGAAGAAUUUUACUUCCUGAGAGUCUGACUGGACGUUGUUACUGGGAGGUGGAGGUGGAUGUGGGGGGGAUAGCAGGAGUUGGUGUAGCAGUCACAUACAAGAAUAUCAGCAGAGCAGGAAACUCAAAUGAAUGUGAAUUUGGAUGCAAUGAUAAAUCUUGGUCAUUAUCUUGUUAUAGAACCAGAUAUAUAUUUCAUUACAACAGGAUCAUGACUCCAGUGUCAGGUCCCCGGUCCUCCAGAGUAGGAGUGUACCUGGAUCAUAGUGCAGGUGUCCUGUCCUUCUACAGCGUCUCUGACACCAUGACUCUCCUCCACAGUCCAGACCACAUUCACUCAGCCUCUCUAUGCUGGAGUUUGGGUUUAUUGUUAUCCCGGAGACACAGCUGA